UUCUGGCAGAUCAUUUAAAUGUAAUUAUGUCAAUUAAGUUAUGGGGGCUGACAUUACGGGAGGUUGCACUGCAUAUAUACUAUGCCCCGCAUUAGCACAUUAACUUCACUUCCACGCUAUGCAGGUACAUACAGAGUAUGUACGAUUAUAAAUAAUCGGCACUACUUAAUUUUACUCCCCCUUAAACGCAGAGCCCAGCAUUUGUCACAGUUGUCUUUCUGGCGCCCAGGUUCGCCCAUCGAAGUUCAAGUCAACCUAGAACUCUCGAAGGAUUCAACAUCCUCAACUUUAUCACCUAAAUUCAUCUUCCAUCCAUCACAAAUCAUCAUGAAUCCUACAGUGGUAAUUGCUCCUGGCGCAUGGCCAUUACUUGAAUUCUUUCAACCCCUCAUGCAAGCCUUGGAAUCUCGUCACUACCCUGCCGUUUGCAAGAUCCCAUCCUCCUAUCCGACAGAAACCGAGACGUUGCAACCAAUGAACCCCGACUGCAAGCAUCUUUGUAAAGAAGUCUUGAAGCCUCUAGUGUAUGAAGGAAAAGAUGUUGUUCUUCUCAUGCACUCAUAUGGUGGUGUCUAGUAAGCUUGAUCGGUUCAUUCAACUUUUUGUUCUUAAUAUCUGAUUUUGUUCCCCAGUCUCAAGAACAAUUAAUUGUUUCCGCACAAAUACCCAUUUUUGCACCAACUCGUCUUUUUCCUCAGUGAACUCCGAAAUAUUCUCUUGUUAGAUAAUGUUGACUCCUCGACCUUGCAGUGGUGGCUCGGCAGUUGAAGGUUUGAGUAAGACAGAACGAGCUGCCAGUGGUAAAGCUGGUGGCAUUAUCGCCUUUAUUUUCUGCGCCGCCUUUACAGCUCCUAACGGAAUGACGCCAAUUCAGGUCAUGGGUAUUGAUCCUGAGGAACUACCGGAUUGGAUUCAUCAUGAUGUAGGUCACAUGUCACUUCUUGCCGCUUUCUCUUGUACCAUCCAUUCUCAGCACUAGCCACCUAAGAAUUAUAUUUCCUUUCCAUAGCAGUCAAUAUGUCUGGUAUACUUGUACUGACAGCUCAACUCUAAAACAGAAAGAAACCGGCCUAGUCAACCUUACCAAAGCCUGAGAAAUGCUGUUCCACGAUCUCCCAGACGAUGAAGCCGAGAGACUAGCCAACCUUCUGCCAAAGCAGCCCUAUACUUCCUUCGCGACGCCAGUAUUGUACGAUCCUUACAGUGAUCCAUUAUACAAGGGCAGAUUAGGAUAAAUUUUCACGGAGGCUGGCCGUAUGCUUCCGUUGGCUGCACAGGAAAUAUAUGCUAAACAGGCUAGAGCAACGGAGACUUUUGUCUUAAAAGGCUAGAGCCAUUCUCCUCAUUUGAAGAGGGCGGGUGACUUGGCGGAUGCUACUAUUGAGAUGGUCAAGAGAAUUAUGCAAAUAUAGCGGAGACUUCCAUAGUGGACAGUUUCUGAGGAUCUGGUUUUGCUUUAGUGAGUUUAGUUACUUGGGGUUGAUCACUACGUUGCCUCGUGCAGUGAUAAUCCAGAAUUUAAUAUUCGCCCUUUUUCUGUAUUUCGAAGUUAUUACCACUAGAUAUGAUUA